AUGGCGAACGCUGAACGUGAACAUCUCUUCGGAGCCGACAAACUCGAAGACAUGUGCAAGAAGAGAAGCGAAGAGUACCAACGUAUCAAGGCCAACCACGAGGCAUGGUGUGUCGAUCAGCAGCAAAAACAACAGAUGGAAACAGAAGAGCUUGAAGACGAGUUGAGACAGCUGAAGAAGCAUCUGAGUGACGUGGAGCUGGAGGAUUCGAGAGCAACUGAAAAGCUCGGACAGCUCCUCAGUCGGCCAUGGAUGCACCGAGAAGGUUCUCCGGACAUUGAGGCACUAUUCGCCGAAGCGGAUAGAUGGAACUCAGAUUUAUGCCGCAUCAGAGCAGACCGCGAUCGUCCAGGCGAGAAAAAAGACGCCAUAGUACGCGACAUUGAGAAGGUUCAGAACAAGCUUGAAGGUCUGCCAGCGGCGUACGCCCUGAUUCGAAAGGAGGAGACGCGAAGACUGAGGGAGCAGCUGGAGGACCUUUGGCAUCGGCAAAACCAGCCAGACUCGUUGACCACCAGCGCCGCAAACGAUGUCGCUCAGAGGCAGACGAGCCUGCUCACAGGGGCAUCUUCUUUUGCUGCUGAAGGAUUCUCAGAGUCUACUGGUAGUGCUCGUCUUGAGCUUGCAGAAAAUCGGCCUAGUUCCAUUCGGAGAGCACAGGCAGAUGCCGAGGCCAUCAUAGUCACCGCUGUUCAAUCUGCACGCCGCGAGGAGCCGAACCCGUACGACAUAGUCUCCGGUUCAGAAUCGGAGUCUGACGAGCCGCUGGCGAAAAGGCACAAGAAGGCUGCGAGAACGAUACAUUUUGAUCAAGUCAACGCCGAAAAGAAGAAUUGGAGAAAGGGAGAAAAGAUCUACAGAAUCUCCGAGCAUACUCUCAAUUCAAAGAAGUGGUACAUAUUCCGCUGCAAGAAGCACUGCACAGGUCUCAAGGAUGGCAGAGGGGCAGCAAAGCAUCUCAUGAGACAGCGCAAUGGACACCCUGAGCGUCAUUGGACAUCGGAUCAAGCAGUCAAAGAACUGGGCGUACGGGUCGUUGGCUGCGACCCAGGAAAGAGGAAGCGGAACAACGAUGCGUUUGAUCGCGCCGUGGGGCAAGGUUACCGCCCGAGCCGACGCUGCAACAACAGAGAUUGUCCAGUGCACGCGCCGGUCGACGGUCCUCACCGUCAUUCCAACUCAGGUCAAAGGCAGUCCGAAGAUCUUGAAGACUCCGACUCGGACUCGGAUGAAGCCUACUCCGAGAUGCCCAAGAGUCAGAGAGGUGAUGCUCGAGCACAUGAGCUUUGGCAGCAACUUGAUCCCUCGCCGACCGUCUUGGAUCCUAUUCCGGGGGAGAUAUACCAAGCCUACUGGGCCAGUGACCACUCCUGGUACCCGGUGGCCGUGUUGCCAUGGGGAGAUCUGCGCGGCGUCGGGCUGGCCGGCAGCUUGGACGAGACAGCCCUCUUCAAUAUGAGCCUCCCAACCUGCUUUGCCGUCGAGGAGACCCAGGACGGCUUGCGGAUCGUGGGAUGGAAGAGAGACUUCGAAUUACACCACCGUCGCGUCUCUGAGCGCAAGUUCCCUUGCAUGUUCUUUGAAGGCAUCUCUGCAGUCCUGCCCCGAGACGAGGGGUCUCCACAACCUCAGAACCUUGCUUGGGUCAUGGCGAAGCACCUCCGGCCCAUCAACUACCGCCACCUAGACGGUCAGUUUCUCAAGGAAGAUGGCCUUGACGAAGCUAAAGCCUUCAGACAGCGAGUGAUCAUGUUGAAGAGCAAGGCGACUCAAGAGCCACCUCGAUUCUCUCCACCGUUGGUUGACGAUGGCAUUGACCUAGCCGGUGCCCGUGAGACGCACAAGGGCGUGAAGAUAGAACCAGGCGUGGAUUCCUGGCUUUGA